CGCAUCGUCGCAGAGAACACGGCAGUAGAAGAAGUUCCACGCGCUCCUCCUCCAUCCACAGCAAGCAUGGAGCGCCCCGCCAAGGUCGUGACCAUGGGCGAGUACGUCGUCGAGAAGAAGAUCGGCAAGGGCUCGUACGCGCAGGUCUACCGGGGCUACCACCAGGUCACGCACGUGCCAGUCGCGGUCAAGGUCAUUGACGGCUCCAAGCUCAACCCAAAGCUCCUCGACAACCUUGGCGUCGAGAUCUCGAUCAUGCAGCAGAUGAACCACCGAACAUUGUGCGCUUGUUCUCGAUCACCAAGUCCAAGUCGUCCGUGCAUCUCUUCAUGGAGUACUGCGAGGGCGGCGACUUGUCCCAAUUCAUGAAGCGCCAGCCGCACGGCGUCGUCGCCGAGGCCUUGGCCCGGCACUUGAUCCGCGAACUGGCCGAUGGCCUCCAUGCGCUCUGGCGACAGAACCUCAUCCACCGCGAUCUUAAGCCCCAAAACCUCCUCCUCGCCGACACCUCGCCCGUUCCGCGCCUCAAGAUUGCGGACUUUGGCUUUGCCCGGCACUUGGCUACGGCGUCGCUCGCGGAAACACUCUGCGGAUCGCCGCUCUACAUGGCACCCGAGAUCAUGCGCUUCCACAAGUAUGACUCGAAGGCCGACCUCUGGUCCGUGGGCACCAUCCUCUACGAGAUGAUCUUUGGGCGCACCCCGUUUCAUGGCGCGACCCAAAUGGAGCUCUUGCGCAACAUUGAGCGCUACGAGCUGCGCUUCCCCGAGAACCACAACGUGCCACGCGACUGCAUCGAGCUCAUGCAGGGCUUGCUGCGGCGGGACCCGAGCCGACGCAUGGGUUUUGAAGAGUUUUUUGCCCACCCGUACAUUGGCAAGGAGUACGACAUGACCAAGUCCAUCGUGGUCCCACCGACGACGACGUCAAGCCCGCCAAACUCGAUCGCACGAACCGUGACAGCGCCUCUCGACAUCCAGCGCCGCGUCCCAGACGGUCUUCCUACCCACACGUCGCCGCCCACGGCCCUUUUGCAGCCACUGAGCCUGGGGUCGUCGACGCGGCUGCAAGAGAGCUACCGAUCGAGCGUCAUGCAGAGCUACCGCCGACGAAGCGCAUCGACGUCGCAGCACCGUGCAACGUCGUUAUCGAUUCAUCAGAACAGCCCGACCACGCCCAUGAGCCCCGAGCUCGUCGCGUCGCCAACGCCACGCAUCAACCCGUUCAAGUCGAGUCUCUCGAGCACACCGCCGCCGACAAGCGCCUUUGCGUUCACUGCUUCGUCGGCGCCGUCCCACUUUUCGUCCAAACAGUCGUCGCUAGCGGUCGUUCCGCGGCCCAAGCCCAACCCCGUCAUCGAGUACACGUGCGACACGAGCCUCGACAUGAGCUACCAGCGCAUUCAAACCAUGAUGACGAUCGCCGAGGCGCUCUUGUCGCUGCCGGGCGUGGACACGACGGCGUCGUACACGUCGUCCGCGUCAUCGUCGUCGUCGACGCACUCGAUCUCGUCGCCGACGGCGUCGAGUGACUUGGAUACACACCCCGAGGCGCGGCGACAGGCGAGUGCGCUCCAGCUGUACCUCAUGUGCUUGCAUUUCUUGCAGCACGCGUAUGCGAUCGCUCGGCGUAACGUAGCGGCGCGGGCGUGGAUCAACGAAUUGCUCAACGUGUGUCUGGACCGCGCCGAGCAAUGCAAAAAAUACUGUGGCCCGCUGCUUUUGGACGCGGCGCUCCCGAGCGGCGAAGACGUUUUGUACUACCACGCCAUGCGACUUGGCCGCGAUGGCGCUGUCCAAGAAGUCCUCGGGCAAUGGCCGCACGCGCUCGAGCUCUACGAACGCGCGCGCGUCCUCCUCGACAGCAUUUUGGCGUGGAACGAGCUCAAGAAGACGUCGUCGACCGCGCUCUCGAUCGACGACAAGCAGCGCAUCGCCGUGUACGUCGAAGGCUUUGCGCAGCGCAUUCAAUGCGUCGCUUCCAAGCAAGAACCUUGAGGAAAUUCGGUCCCAAGCCAAACUCUCUAAAAUCCUAAAACCCCGCAA